CCAUUCUGCAUCUCUCGCCGGUAACAACAGGCGUCAUUCAGAUAGCACUAUAUGGGAACUGGGAAGCCAAUGGGAGCUCUUUGCGCGGGCUCGUUUGGCCCUUGAUCAAGAUGAGAGCGGCACGGUGAUUGGUGGAAUGCGCAGAUCGCUGCUAUUGGCUGUAAGCGCAGAAGGGUAAUGGUAAAUAUAAAACGUGAAGCGGCUUCCGGUAGCGAAGGUAUAUGUGCGGGGGUCGGCGGCUGUCAGCUCCUGGGUAAGAGGUUAGAGGUCUAUCUCUGAAAUGCAAAAUGGCCGCUCUCUGUCCUCCACCUUCCCCAGCUGUAGCCAAGACUCUGAUCGCUAUCGAUGGUUACUCGCCGCUUUUAGCCGCUACCUUUGCCUACUGGGACAACAUUCUGGGACCUCGUGUGAGGCAUAUCUGGGCCCCAAAGACUGAUGAAGUUGUGCUGAGUGAUGGAGAGAUUACAUUCCUGGCAAAUCACACCCUGAAUGGCGAGAUCCUGAGGAAUGCAGAAAGUGGGGCUAUUGACGUGAAGUUUUUUGUAUUGGCAGAAAAGGGAGUGAUCAUUGUGUCCCUUAUAUUUGAUGGGCAUUGGAACGGUGACCGGAGCACAUAUGGCCUCUCAAUCAUCCUGCCACAAACCGAGCUCUGCUUCUACCUACCUCUACACCGGGUGUGCGUGGCUCGCCUUACACACAUCAUUCGGAAGGGACGCAUAUGGAUGCACAAAGGCCAGAGCAUCAUUUCCAUGUUGACUGGAGAAGUCAUCCCUAUUAUGGAGCUGCUGUCAUCUAUGAAGUCGCAUGGCGUUCCUGAAGAAAUAGAUAUUGCCACAACAGUUCUCAACGAUGACGAUAUUGGUGACAGCUGCCAUGAAGGCUUUCUAAGCAAUGCCAUCAGCUCACAUCUGCAGACGUGCGGCUGCUCUGUGGUGGUGGGUAGCAGUGCAGAGAAAGUAAAUAAGAUGGUAAAGACGUUGUGCUUAUUUCUAUCUCCGACCGACCGUAAAUGCUCCCGACUUUGUAAAGCUGAGUCUUCGUUCAAGUAUGAAUCUGGGCUGUCCGUACAAGGACUGCUAAAGGAUGCAACUGGAAGCUUUGUGCUGCCGUUCCGCCAGGUGAUGUAUGCUCCGUACCCUGCUACCCAUAUUGAUGUUGACGUCAACACCGUAAAGCAGAUGCCCCCUUGCCAUGAGCACACAUAUAACCAGCGCCGGUACAUGAGGGCAGAACUAGCUGCCUUGUGGAAGGCCACUUCAGAUGAAGAAAUGGCAGGGGAUUCCGUCAUACACACGGAUGAAAGCUUCACCCCUAACUUGAAUAUUUUCCAAGAUAUUCUACACAGAGACACAUUCGUCAGCAACUUCUUAGAACAGAUAUUCCAACUGAAACCUAACCUUUCCCUAAGAAGCACAUUUUUGGCACAGUUUAUGCUGAUACUUCAUCGGAAAGCACUGACGCUGAUAAAAUACAUUGAGGAUGACACACAGAAGGGUAAGAAAGUUUUCAAAUCCCUGCGUAACCUGAAAACCGAUCUGGAUCUGACAGCAGAGGGCGAUCUCAACAUUGUUAUGUCUUUAGCUGAAAAGAUCAAACCAGGACUUCACUCGUUUAUUUUUGGGAAACCUUUUCACACCAGUGUACAAGAGCGGGAUGUGCUAAUGACUUUUUAGUUGCAGAUCACUGAGCACCUGGAACUGUCAGAAUCUUUCAUGUGGAUGCACUCGCUCACCAUCAUAGGGAUUGCUGGGAAAUCUGGGUCAAUAUCACAAGUUCUGAUGUCUAUUUUUAAGUUGCACUUUGAAGUAUACCUCGUGCCUGCCUUUACAAGCACAUUGCUUUGUGUACAUGGUUUUGAUAUCAUAAUCUGCUGGAUGUGUGCAUUGUGUCUUACGGCAGUACAUAAUGCGUUACACUGGUAUCCCAUAAUCCGGUGUACUUGGCAGGGGGUUAGUUUUCAUUGCGUCUUUUGAACUUCUAGAAGUUCAUGUUUAAUGAGUCACUUCAUGCAUCAAUAUAUAAAAAGCCCAGGAGUCUGUAUAUUCUGUAUAUUCUAUCUAUAAAUGAAUGUAACGAGACUCCUGUUUAAAAGUGUCCAUGCUGGGAAAUGUUA